UGAAGUUUAUUUUGUGUGGAAGCCGUCGUGUGCGUUCUGUUCAGGACACGGAAGUGUUUCUCAGGUCCGUUUCUGUCCUCCGUCCACAGAAAGGAACCAGCCGCCUCACAGAGGAGGAGAAACGCCUGAAACGACAGACAUGGACCCCGAGGCUCUGCUGCUCUUCAUCCUCACGUCACAGCUUCAGAUCCAAGCGGUUACCUGCAGGACAUUCACGUCUCUCUACUUCCGGGGUGGACAGGAUGUCCUUCUGUCUUGUCUCAACGCAUCGCCCAGGGACACAACGUGCUCUUUGGUCUCCUGGAUUUACAACAUGAAUCUGCAAAAGUCUUCAUCGGUGGUUAAGAGCGGAGCGGUGGAUGGAAGGUCUGCUCAGGCCUCCCGGUUGAACCUGGACUCCAGGUGCUCUUUGGUCAUCAUGAACGUCACGGCCGAGGACGCCGGCGUCUACACCUGCCGUCAGGGCCGGGGCGAUAACCGGGACGAACAGGUGUCCCUCAGCGUCAUGACGGUCUCUCCCUCUGAGCCCGGGGGGGUCGGCGAGGUCACCCUGCGCUGCACCCUGUGGAGGCGCCAUGACCUCGCCUGCCGUCCGGGGAGCCUCCGCUGGCGGGACGAGGCGGGGACGCAGCUGCAGGCCGAGGCCGCCGGCCACACCCUCCUCGGGCAGACGGGUUGCGUCUCCAUGGUGACCGUGAGGCGGCAGGCCGGAGCCAACAGGAAGUACACCUGCCAGUUCGUCGACAGCAAUAAGGUGGCGAUAGAGGCCGAUUACACACCUGACUUCUCAGAUGACCGGCGCUCCAUCAUCAUCCCCGUGGCCGCCGCGGUUGGGGCGGUGGGCGUCCUGGUCGUCAUGCUUGCAGUUCUCCUCAAAUACAGGAAGAGAUCCACACGGACAGAGGGUCAGUAG